GGGUAGCGCGAGGGUGCCAGUUUCCUGGGCUACAUGGUGGUGGACGGAGUCUUAGGGCCGCUUGCAAGAUGUUCUGAGUCGGGGGCUGGACGCUGCGCGUGGCGGUUUCCCGAGACGUAGUCUCGGGACCGCCAUGGCCAGCGUCCACGAAAGCCUCUACUUCAAUCCAAUGAUGACCAACGGGGUGGUGCACGCGAACGUGUUCGGCAUCAAGGACUGGGUGACGCCAUAUAAGAUCGCCGUGCUGGUGCUGUUGAACGAGAUGGGGCGCACGGGCGAGGGCGCCGUGAGCCUCAUGGAGCGGCGGAGGCUCAACCAGCUGCUCCUGCCGCUGCUGCAGGGCCCAGAUAUCACGCUGUCAAAACUGUACAAGUUGAUUGAAGACUCUUGUCCUCAGCUGGCAAAUUCAGUACAGAUCAGAAUCAAACUGAUGGCUGAAGGCGAAUUGAAGGAUAUGGAGCAAUUUUUUGAUGACCUUUCAGAUUCUUUUUCUGGAACUGAGCCAGAGGUUCACAAAACAAGUGUAGUAGGUUUGUUUCUGCGUCACAUGAUCCUGGCCUACAGUAAGCUUUCUUUCAGCCAAGUGUUUAAACUGUACACUGCCCUUCAACAGUAUUUCCAAAGUGGUGAGAAAAAAACCGUGGAGGAUGCUGAUAUGGAACUGACCGGUAGAGAAGACGGAGAAAGAAAAAUGGAAAAAGAAGACCUGGACGUCUCUGUGAGAGAAGAGGAAGUAUCUUGCAGUGGGCCUCUAUCCCAAAAGCAAGCAGAGUUUUUUCUUUCUCAGCAGGCUUCUUUAUUAAAGAAUGAUGAAACUAAAGCCCUUACUCCAGCUUCCCUGCAGAAGGAAUUGAACAACUUGUUGAAAUUUAAUCCGGAUUUUGCUGAAGCGCACUACCUCAGCUACUUGAACAACCUCCGCGUCCAGGAUGUUUUCAGUUCGACACACAGCCUGCUGCAUUAUUUUGACCGCCUGAUACUCACUGGAGCCGAGGGCAAAAGCAACGGGGAAGAGGGCUACGGGCGGAGCCUGCGAUACGCCGCCCUGAACCUGGCUGCCCUCCACUGCCGCUUCGGUCACUAUCAACAGGCAGAGCUCGCCCUGCAGGAGGCAAUUAGGAUUGCCCAGGAGUCCAACGAUCACGUGUGUCUCCAGCACUGUUUGAGCUGGCUUUAUGUGCUGGGGCAGAAGAGAGCCGAUAGCUAUGUCCUGCUGGAGCACUCGGUGAAGAAAGCAGUGCAUUUUGGGUUACCGUACCUCGCCUCCCUGGGAAUACAGUCCCUUGUUCAACAGAGAGCUUUUGCUGGGAAGACGGCCAACAAGCUGAUGGACGCCCUCAAGGACUCCGACCUCCUGCACUGGAAGCACAGCCUGUCGGAGCUCAUCGACAUCAGCAUAGCCCAGAAAACGGCCAUCUGGAGGCUGUACGGGCGCAGCACCAUGGCGCUGCAGCAAGCCCAGAUGUUGCUGAGCAUGAACAGCCUGGAGUCGGUGCAUUCGGGCGUGCAGCAGAACAACACAGAGUCGUUUGCCGUCGCACUCUGCCACCUUGCAGAGCUACACGCGGAGCAGGGCUGUUUUGCUGCAGCUGCUGAAGUGUUGAAGCACCUGAAGGAGCGAUUUCCGCCCAACAGUCAGCACGCCCAGUUAUGGAUGCUGUGUGAUCAGAAAAUACAGUUUGACAGAGCGAUGAAUGAUGGCAAAUACCAUUUGGCUGAUUCACUAGUUACAGGAAUCACAGCUCUUAACAGCAUGGAGGGUGUGUAUAGAAAAGCAGUUGUACUACAGGCUCAGAACCAGAUGUCAGAGGCACACAAGCUUUUACAAAAAUUGCUGAGUCAUUGUGAGAAACUGAAGAACACAGAAAUGGUGAUUAGCGUCCUGCUGUCGGUGGCAGAGCUGUACUGGCGAUCUUCCUGCCCUACCAUCGCGAUGCCCGUGCUCCUGCACGCUCUGGCCCUCUCCAAGGAGUACCGCUUACAGUACUUGGCCUCGGAAACGGUGCUGAACUUGGCUUUUGCCCAGAUGUAUCCUGAGACAAAUGAAGAGCUUCCUCCUCUGUGCCCCACCAACCUCUCCUUUUAUGAUGUUGUUUAUGGUUGGGACUAAUGGACCCAUUAAUCUCCCUGCUGGUUGAAGGGGAAACUUCUCGAGGCCUUUUUUUGGUCAGCAUUUUUCUGCUGUCCUGUUGAACAGGAAAGAAUCCGGUGAAUGAAGGAGACGGAUGUGAUUAAUUCUGCUGUGUGUGUCUGGAUAGUCGUGGUCUGGGAGGUGGAAUGUGGCAGCAAAUGUGGGGUAACGCUGCGCGCGUCAGAAAGGGAGGGAGAAGCCGUACAGGAGACGGUGACGCCGUCUGUUCAGGUUUUCUUUAAAUGCAAGACUCAGAGGAGGCCGGCAUUGUGGUGCGGCAGGUUAAGCCGCUAUUUGGGAUGUCGACAUCCCAUGUCUGAGCCCCGGUUUGAGUCUCCACUGCUCUGCUUCUGAUUCAGUUCCCUCCUAGUGUGCUGGGAGGCCCCAGAUGGUGCCCAAGUCCUUCAGCCCCUGCUGCCCACGUGGGAGACUGGGAUGAAGCUCCCGGCUCCGGCUUCUGCCUGCAGUUCCAGCUCUGGGUGUUGUGGCAAUUUGGGGAGUGAACCAGCAGAUAGAAGAUCUCUCUCUCUGCCACUCUGCCUUUCAAAUUAAAUAAAUAAUAAUCUUCUAAAAAUGCUUUUUUUAAAAAAGAUAAGACUCAGAGGAUCUGUUUACUUAUGUCCUUGGUAAAACAAGAUCUACUUGCCUGAAGUUGGGUUUUGUGAUGUUCUUGGAGGAGAAAACGCAAACACCAAAGCUAAUUCGCAUGUUCCUAUCUAAGGAAGUGACUUUUUUGAGUGGGCGGACUCCUCUUCUACAAGGGGCCCAGCGUCAGUGACAGGCAUGCGUAGUAUUCCCUGUUUGUUUUUUUUUUGUUUGUUUGUUUGUUUUUGUUUUUGUUUUUGUUUUUUGACAGGCAGAGUGGACAGUGAGAGAGAGAGAGACAGAGAGAAAGGUCUUCCUUUGCCGUUGGCUCACCCUCCAAUGGCCGCCGCGGCCGGCGUGCUGCGGCUGGCGCACCACGCUGAUCCGAUGGCAGGAGCCAGGGACUUAUCCUGGUCUCCCAUGGGGUGCAGGACCCAAGCACUUGGGCCAUCCUCCACUGCACUCCCUGGCCACAGCAGAGGGCUGGCCUGGAAGAGGGGCAACCGGGACAGAAUCCGGCGCCCCGACCGGGACUAGAACCCGGUGUGCCGGCGCCGCAAGGCGGAGGAUUAGCCUAUGAGCUGCGGCGCUGGCCCUGCUUUGUUGAUUCAUGUUAAAAGCGCACAUAAAUUGAUGGUGUUAUUAGCACUGUGCUAAAUAUUUUAAUAUAUAUUACUAAUUAUACUAUGAUUAUUAAUUACAUUAAUAUACCAUAUAUGACAAUAUAUGAUUUAUAAUUCUAUAAAUUUAUAAUUACUAAACUUACAUAAUUUUAUAAUAUUAAUGUAUGUCAUAUAUUGUAUAUAUUGUUAACCUUGCUGUGCUAAAUCUGAGCUAAUAUUUUACACACAUUAUUGUACUUUUACACCUCAGGGGCGGGCGCAUGGUGCAGUGUUAACUUGCUGCUUGGGGUGCCCAAAUCCCAUUUUCAAGUGCCUGGGUCAAGUCCUGGUUACUCUGCUUCCAGCCCAGUUUCCUGCCUCCCUGGGAGGCAGUAGGUGAGGGUCCCUGCCACCAUGUGGGAGAUCCUGAUGGAGUUCUGAGCUUCUGGCUUUGGCCUGGCCCAGCUUCUGCUGUUGCAGAGGCACUUUGGGAGUGAACCAGCAGAGGGAAGAUCUCUAUCUCUCUGCCUUUCAAAAAAAGAAGAUUAAAAGGAAAGUGAGGAGAAAGCAGCCCCCUGCCUCGCGUGGAGCUAGAACUCUUGUCCCUCCCUGACAGCUGGUGAAACCAAAGUGGGAGAGAUCAGGUCACCUGCUGUGCCCACAGCUGCUACCUGGUGACACUGGGAUCUGAGCCGAGUGUUGGACUCCAAAGUUAGCACUUUGACCCACAGUGAUGAGAGUAUGCAGGUGCCAGAGCAGACUCCGGGAUUGACAGCAGCAUUCAGGAAACUUCCAGAAAGAAGUGACUCUCGGGUUACUUAACUGGCAUUUAAAGAUAGAUGCGGUUUUUUGUUUUGUUUUGUUUUGUUUUUGUUUUUAAAGGCAGAGUAACAGGAAGAGAGAGAGAGAUUGCGCUUCCAUUUGUAGGUUCAAUCUUCAAAUGCCCAUAACAGCCAGGGCUGGGCCGGGCCACAGCCAGCAGGUAGGAACCGAAGCACUUGAUCACCAGCUGCUGCCUCCCAGAGGAGCCGGGAGUUGAGCCAGCACUCUGACACGGGAUGUGGGCCCACCACGCCUGGCCCUUUAAUUGCAUAUCUUGAGUUGCUGACUGUGUAGCUGCAGUGUUCUGCCAUAGGCACUUUAGUAACAUGAUGUAAACAUGCAGAAUUAUACAUUACUACAAAUAGGAGAAGGCACCUUAAUAAAGCAGGGCUGCCUACGGGCCAAAUCUGGCACAUCACCUGGUUUUUUUUUCAUGGCCUGCUAGCUAAUAGUGGCUUUCAUGUUUUAAAAAGUUUUUGGUUGAAAAACCAAAAAUACUUUGUGACAUGUGGAAAUUAAAUGAAACAACUUUCAGUGUCUGAGAAUAAAGUUUUAUUGAAACAC